AUUAGCAGAUGCCAUCGUUAUUCUGCACCAAAGUCCGGAUCUCGGGUUGCUAGUUGUAUCCGCACAUUAGUUCGUGUCGUGGGAAUAAGGCAAGCUAAGGAGAACCCCCUUAUUUUUCCGCAGCUUCUAUUGGCCAAACUAGAUGGCUUACGUAUUGUCAAAGCUCACAUCGGAAGUCCGAGGCCUUUCAGUCUAAGGCGUAUAGAACCAACAUCGUGGAAAGAGGUGUUAGGUAAUGAAGAGAAACAAUAGUUUUCUAGGUAACUAUGGUUUCUAUCUGGCGAAGAGCUUGUGUCGGCUGCACCAAAUCUAAACGACAAUGUACCAAAACCGUACCGGCGUGCCGGCGUUGCGCGACCAGAGGAAUACCCUGCAUAUAUCUCCCGGCCCGACAGGGUAAUAACCGCCAAAUAGAUGCGGGUACGGACUUGGAUGUGGCGGCAGCCAUGUCUUCCGCACCCGCCGGUGGAUCCGCAAACCUGCUUCCUAUGAUCAGUCAUGGAAACGCUGACGGGAUAGGGAGCGGUGACAUAGACUGCUAUCCGCUGCAGCUAACGCAAUCCGAUCUAGUUGCAGAUAUGGUAUCGCGAGCAGCAUGUGGCCCUCAACCCUCGACAGGCGAUAACUCAUCGGUCGUCUCAACGGGCCUAUGGUUCCUGGCGCCGGAAUCUUGGGUAACAGACCGCGGUACAUGUCCUGACAUGACCGUGGUCACUUACGAACCUGCGCUCCAAAGGUUCAUCGGUAGCGUCCAGGAUUGGCUCCGGCGAUGGGUGACGGACGGCGGUAGCCCGUUGCAUCACCACCAUCUAUAUCGCGAGAAGAUGCCGCGGUGUGUGCAAGAUGCCCAUUCGGCUGUCGCUUUAUACCACAUGACAACCUGUAGCAAUGCCGAGACGAGGGCAAGGACAGCUCGCGUUAUAGAGGAUCGGGUUACUCAACUGCUAGCUGAUCAAGCACUCGAUGACACACUGAGGACGGGUGAAGGGAUGGAUAUAUUCGACCACAUAUGUCGGGUCCAGUCACUAUUGACCUACCAGACGAUUCGUCUUCUCGACGGAGACAUACGGAUGAGAACCCAGGCGGAGGCUCUAAUUCCCACGCUCUUCCUUUGGACACAGCAGCUCCUGGAUAGCACAAAGAACAGCUUAACGCAACCAGCACGUUUCCUUGCCGAUAUUGCGGCAUCCUGUCCUGCCGCGGCCAGUUCUGACGAUGUCGUCCUCUGGAGCGCCUGGAUCCUCGUCGAGAGCACGCGGCGUACGUGGCUGAUUGCUACUUACCUUCAAGAGACGUAUCUAUACAUGAAGCGCGGGUGGGGCGAGUGUCCGGGGCGAGUGCCCAACACGAUGCACAGCCGAUUGUGGGAGGCAACGUCGGCGUACGCCUGGUCUAAGGCGUGUCGUGAGGCUGAUACCGUGCUCAUCUCUACGCAGCGCGCAGAUAAGCUGCUCUACGAGAUGAAGUUUGAAGACGUCGAUGAGUUCAGCUUACUGAUUAUGGAGAUUAGAUAUGGCACGGAAGAGAUAGAGAGAUGGAUAGAGGACUCAAAACGUCGACAUAAGCAACCGAUAUUAGAGAUACUUUAGCGGGCUUGGGGAUUCGACAGCGGGAUUUGAUUAUAUGGCGCAACGCAUUUGUAGAUUUUUUUGAUUUUUUUGAUUUUUUUUCAAAAAAAAAAAAAAAAUUAAUUUACGAUGUGUACGAGGCAUGGCUACAUUAGGUACAGGUAUGUAGCAGUUAAUACCUACCUAGAUGGCGGAAAUAUUAACUUGUACUACGAUAAUUAGGUACUUUAGGUACCUCUAUUGAAAUUGAAAAAGGAUUUUAAAUGCUAGAG